AUGUCCGAACAAGACAUUCAUCCAACUAAAUAUAGCGAACUGCGAAGUAUCUUUGAACACUACAUUGAUUCAUAUAUUGCUUUAUAUCAGCUGAAAACGGACAAAGAAGAAGAAUUAAACGAAAUUUACAAAAUGAUCAAAACAGAAUUGAUUGAUUCAAAGAUAUACCCACCAAAAAAGAUUGUGGAAGAUGUUUUAGAUAUCAUUCUGUAUAAUAAUCGCUAUACAAAGUCAUAUUUAUCACUUGCAAAACUCAUAUCUGAUGAUUAUCAUGUAGAAGAGGUCAAGUAUGUUGAACUUAUUUCAAACUUCCUGUUUUAUAAAGAAUAUGGAAAUAAAUUAGACAAAUCCGGUGAUUUUUUUGAAUUUAACUUUGAAAAUCUGGAUAUUCAUAAAGAAUAUACAAUUUACAGAGCAAUUAUGUAUAAUGACUUAGAAAUGUUCAUCGCAUUCACGGAAGUAGAAGGAUUUGAUAAAGAUCAAAUACUUGAAAGUGGUUUAUAUCCAUAUUCUGAAGUAGGAUAUUCAUUACUUGAAUUAUGUUGUUACCACGGAGCAGUUGAUUGUUUCAAGUUUUUAAGAACGAAAUUUCAAUCAGAAAUAACUAAAACAUGUUUACAACUCUCAUUUUUAGGAGGAAAUGCAGAGAUUAUGAGUGAAUGUUUGAAAUAUCAAGAACCAGAUGAACAAUGCAUGGAAUAUGCAAUUAUUUCACACAACAUUGAUUUUGUUACGUUCUUGAUGAAUGAAUACGAUAUAGAGAUCAUUUUAGAUCAUUGUACACAGUACAAUAAUCUUGAAUCAUUUUUAGUUUAUUUCGAUCAAACUAAUGAUGUUAAUAAUUGCUUUAUUAGAUCGAUAAUCUUUAAUAUUCCAUCUCUUUGCGAAUAUUUCCUAUCAAAUGGUGCAGAUAUCAAUCAAAAAGAUUAUGCUGGAGAAACCGCUCUUCAUAAUGCAGCAUAUUAUAAUAGCAAUGAAAUAGCUGAAGUUCUUAUUUCACAUGGUAUAAAUAUCAAUGAAAAAACUCAAUAUGGAAAAACCGCACUUCAUAUUGCAGCAAGUGAAAAUAGUAAAGAAACAGCUGAAGUUCUUAUUUCACAUGGUAUAAAUAUCAAUGAAAAAGAUAAUGAUGGAGAAACUGCUCUUCGUAUUGCAGCAAGUGAAAAUAAUAAAGAAACAGCUGAAGCUAUUUUAUCACUAGGCAUAAAUAUCAAUGAAAAAGAUGAAAGAGGAAAAACCACUCUUCAUAUUGCAGCAGAAAAUAGUAAUGGUAAAGAAACAGCCGAACUUCUUAUUUCACAUGGUAUAAACAUCAAUGAAAAAGAUAAUGUUGGGAAAACCGCUCUUCAUUAUGCAGCAUAUUAUAAUCGUAAAGAAACAGCUGAAGUUCUUAUUUCACAUGGUAUAAAUAUCAAUGAAAAAACUAAUGAUGGAGAAACUGCUCUUCAUAUUGCAACAUCUUAUAAUAAUAGAGAAACAGCCGAAAUUCUUAUUUCACAUGGUAUAAAUAUCAAUGAAAAAGAUAAUGUUGGGAAAACCGCUCUUCAUUAUGCAACAUAUUAUAAUAAUAGAGAAACAGUCGAACUUCUUAUUUCACAUGGUAUAAACAUCAAUGAAAAAGAUAAUGUUGGGAAAACCGCUCUUCAUUAUGCAGCAUAUUAUAAUCGUAAAGAAACAGCCGAAAUUCUUAUUUCACAUGGUAUAAACAUCAAUGAAAAAGAUAAUGAUGGAAAAACCGCUCUUCAUUAUGCAACAUAUUAUAAUAAUAGAGAAACAGCCGAAAUUCUUAUUUCACAUGGUAUAAACAUCAAUGAAAAAGAUAAUGUUGGGAAAACCGCUCUUCAUUAUGCAGCAACUGGAAAUAGUAAAGAAACAGCUGAAGUUCUUAUUUCACAUGGUAUAAAUAUCAAUGAAAAAACUAAUGAUGGAGAAACUGCUCUUCAUAUUGCAACAUCUUAUAAUAAUAGAGAAACAGCCGAAAUUCUUAUUUCACAUGGUAUAAAUAUCAAUGAAAAAACUAACAAUGGGAAAACCGCUCUUCAUUGUGCAGCAUAUUAUAAUCGUAAAGAAACAGCCGAACUUCUUAUUUCAUAUGGUAUAAGCAUCAAUGAAAAAGAUAAUGAUGGAAAAACCGCUCUUCAUAUUGCAGCAGAUCAUAAUGGAAAAGAAAUAGCCGAACUUCUUAUUUCAUAUGGUAUAAGCAUCAAUGAAAAAGAUAAUGAUGGAAAAACCGCUCUUCAUAUUGCAGCAGAUCAAAAUAGUAAAGAAACAGCCGAACUUCUUAUUUCACAUGGUAUAAAUAUCAAUGAAUAA